AUGAAUUCAAAGUCCUACAAAAUCAUUUUUAUUGUGCUAUAUGUUUUUAUUCUUGGAGUCUUAACUUUCACCUACAUCAACCAAAGAGUGGAACAAGAUGGUCCAUUAUUAGAAGCGCCCGCCAAAGCAGCUGGAAGCGUUACAGUGGGUGUUACGAUUGCAGUGCUAGCUUAUUUUACAAAAUUUUUCUAUUACUUGUUGUUCAUACAACAAGCACAUCACAACUUGGUGCUAUUUCAAAACGGCAGAUCAUCAUAUGAAUCGUUUUACCAGCCUAUUUUUGAGGAGAUUAUAAAGUUUACAAUCGUUGCAUGGUACCAACAAGCAAAAUAUGAUCGUGUUCUAAAACCAAUUGAAUUGUGUUUGGUUUGGUGUGGGUUCACCCUACCUUCCUUGACUAUAUAUUUUUACGAUCCCCAAAGGUAUUCUCAAAAGUACGACAAAUUUUUAAUGUACUACCAAGCUUGGCUCAACCAGAUGAGAAGUGUGAUACCAAAAACGGACGAAGAAUGUCGUCGUCUUACUCAGAUAUGGAGCGAUUUGGUCACUGAAAACAUUGAUGUGGAGACGCAUGACAAAGAGCGUCGACGUUCAACUAUUUCAUCUGACAAAUCACACACAAGUAGCCGCCGAUUAAAAACAAAAAUAAGUUCCAAAAUGCUUCCAAAUGAGUUCAAUAUAAAAGAAGAUACGGCUCGGGUAUUUCCAAAAGUAGCUUCUUCGCCCAAUAUGGAUGUACCUCCCCGUAAUAGGGGAGAGUACACACCACCCAACGAAUCCUAUUCUAAAGCAAUUCAGAAAUUGUAUUCAGUUUCCCCAAAAGAUACAUAUCACUUGAUAAAGGCUGUUGCUAUUGCCACUUUUGAUGACAACGAGGAGGACGAAGACGAGGAACAGCUUGAGCGGGGUAAAGUUGUGGGCAUUGAAAGAACGAGCAGUGAAACAAAUCCCUAUCAGUUUUUUCCAGACGUGGAAGACGUUUUUGAAAACAUUGAUGAUUCAUUUGAUGAUGAACAAAGUAUGACAGCUGGUGAAAACUUGUUGCCAAAUGAAUGCAGAUUGGAAAUAAACCCACAAAAUCUAUUGCCGAUUGAAGGUGCCUCGAAAGUUGUGAAUGGAAAAGCAAUUUCCUUUGAGAGACCACAAACAGGCUGUGAGAUAAGCACAAGUGGCAACUCGACACUGCUUAGACUGCGAAUGCUUUUAUUUAUCAACUGGUGGUCGUGGUUGUUUCCCCCGUUAUUACCUGUAUGCGGAACACUGCAAAUAAAAGAUGCUGGCUCAUCUUAUCUCAUACCACUGACCUCCAAUCUUCAGUUCGUUAACGAGAGAUUCCCACUUCUCAAGCUGAAACUCUCAAACUAUAAUUUGAAUAGUACCAAGGUUGAAUAUGUCACUUACAGUGAUCCAAAGAGAAGCCGGGGCAAACCGAUUUCAAGGGCUUACGAGUUCCAAGCUUUUUUGUCGUAUUACUUUGAUAUAUCGUUGUACCCUCUUGCACAGCCUUUUGCCGUUGAUAGGUGGUUCUUAAAGUACGGCGAAUUACUCACUGAAACCAGUCCUAUCUGGAUAUUUUUGGACGAGCUAAAUAUAGUUGUCUGGCAGCUUUUUAUUUUCCAAACGAUUGGACUAUACUUGAGCAAUCUUCUGUUUGGCAACUUGGUCGCUUUUCUUUUGCCUAUCGUGAUGAUAAAACUAUUUGCAAUGAAUUACUUGCAAAGUUAUGAUAAAAGGCUUGACUUCAGGAUCGUUAUUGCGCUUGAGUCCGUUGCAUGUACCUUAUUGUUUUGCGGUGUACUUUUAUUGGGCCGAAUAAAUAAGUCUAUAUAA